AUGAUUAUGGUUAGAGAAGCAGGUGAUGCUGCUCCAGAUGUGGUGGAGUACAGACAUGGUCUCACCCCUCCUAUGAGGGAUGCUCGAAAAGCGGAGAUUUUGCAGGGACCUGAGCUUGUACAGCGUGUCCUGAAAGAUUUAGUGAAGAUCCAUGCUGGUGCAGCAGCGGAGAAUGUUGAUGCUGAAGCUGCUGAGCAAGAGGAAGAUGUAGAUGGAAGUGUCCGAAAUGCAAGUAAAAAACUUGUACCUGCGCCUGUUGUAAAGGCAGAUGCCCCAGAGGUUGGAACAAAUGCUGGGGAGCCUGACAAAAGUGACUCUGAUGAAUCUGAUGACUCAAUUUGAAUUGAAGCCACUUGUAGAAUUUAAAGUAUGUUUAUAAGAAUAAUAAGAGCAUGAAUUGUUGUUAGUU